AUGAAAGUAGAAGCCGAAGGAAUUCGUAAACAGUUUCUUACAGCAGUUUUCCCAUUAGAAGUUACUGAUUAUAAAGUUUUAGGUUUACUUUUUGAAGAAACUUAUCUGCGUGCUAUACCUCGAGCUACUCAGUAUGAGAAGUCGUUUAUGCAUCGAGACACAGUCUCUCAUGUUAUAGCCACAGCAACGGAUUUUAUAAUAACUGCGAGUGUUGACGGACAUUUGAAAUUUUGGAAGAAAAAACAUGGUGAGGGGAUCGAAUUUGUAAAACAUUUUCGCUGUCAUUUGCAUGCUUUUAAACAUAUUACUGUAAACCAUAACGGGACACUGAUGUCUACAGUUUGCAAGGAAGAUAAGUCCUUGAAAAUCUUUGACGUCCCAAACUUUGAUAUGAUCAACAUGUUUAAGUUGGACUUUGCACCUGAAACAGCGUGCUGGAUUCAUCAAGGUUAUGAUGUGAUACAAGCUCUGGCUGUUUCUGAUUCCGAAUCUGGUCGGAUUAUAAUUUUUGACGGUAAAGGUGAUAACGAGCCUAUUCACAUUAUUGAGAAGAUGCAUUACUUGCCUGUAAAGUUAAUGGAGUAUAAUUUCGUUUAUGACUGCACUAUAUCUAUCGAUUCUGGUGGAAUGAUUGAGUACUGGUCUGGUCCAAAGCAUGACUACGGUUUCCCCAAGAACGUUAAUUGGGUUUACAAGACCGACACUGACUUGUAUGAAUUUGUGAAGAUUAAAUCUCCUCCUCGUUGCCUCGUUUGUUCUCAAAACGGUCGUAUUUUUGCUGCAUUUGGCGCCGACCGCCGCAUCCGCAUUUUCAAUUUUGAAACAGGGAAACUGUUUAAAGUCAUUGAUGAAACGUUACAGAGCUAUAUAGAUCAAGCGAAACUGAAUAAAAAUUUUGGUAUUCAAAAUAUGGAAUGGAAUAGAAGGAUGGCUUUAGAAAGAGAGCUGGAUCGUGAUGAAACUACUUUUCAGCAUUUAGUUAUUUGUUUUGAUGAAACGAGUAAUUUUCUGUUAUAUCCUACUCCUGUUGGAGUGAAAGUGCUCAAUUUAGUGACCGAAGAAGUUACAAGAGAAAUCGGCAAAAGUGAAAACUUAAGACUUAUUGGAGUUUCUUUGUGCAGAGCAGUUCCAAACGUUAAUGAUCAGCUUCAGGGUGCUGCAGCAACUAUCGACAUGGUGGCCGCAGAAAAUCCUAAUCUAAACAAGACCGAUCCCGAUCCUAUGCUGGUUGCUUGUGCAUAUAGAAAAAGUCGCUUUUAUCUGUUUACAAAUACGGAACCAUUUUCUACUGAGGGCAGUGAAGAAAAUGAUGCGAUUGGUAUGGGACGUGACGUUUUUAAUGAGAAGCCGAAGAAAGAGGAUGUUAUCACUGCAGUAGAAGUAAAUAAAGCCGUGAUUCAUACUUCGUACGGAGAUAUUCAUGUUAAGUUGUUCCCGAAUGAGUGCCCAAAAACAGUGGAGAACUUUUGCACUCAUGCGCGACGGGGUUACUAUAAUGGAUUAACUUUCCAUCGUGUUAUCAGAAGUUUCAUGAUUCAGACUGGCGAUCCUACGGGUAAGGGAACUGGAGGCCAGUCUAUCUGGGGUGAGGAUUUUGAAGACGAGUUCCAUCCACGUUUAAGACAUGAUAAACCUUACAUGGUUUCAAUGGCUAAUGCUGGGCCUAAUACAAAUGGAUCACAGUUCUUUAUAACUGUUUGCCCUGCUGACUGGUUAGAUGGGAAGAACACACUCUUUGGCCAGGUCACUGAGGGAUUUAGCGUAGUUCAGAAGAUCAGUCAAGUCAACACUUACGAGAAAAGCGGUCGCCCCAAGGAGGAGAUAAACAUUAUAUCCGUAACGUUAAAAUGA